AGGAUGACGUCACUGAACACAACAAGGGGGCUAAGCUGUAUUAUCAGGGAGGAGAAACCAAGAACCCAGACCAGCAUCUCUGCUUCUGUAUCCGCAGCGGAACAUGUCUUUCUGUCGCUUCCUUGGUGCUGAGAUCUACAAGGAUCAUUUUAAGCCAGGAAUCUAUGUGUGCUCCAAGUGUAACCAUCCCCUGUUCUCCAGUCGGUCCAAGUUCCCUCACUCAUCUCCAUGGCCGGCAUUCACUGACACCAUCAGAGAAGACAGUGUCACCAAGAUGAUGGAGACCCUCACCGCCUACAAGGUUCUGUGUGGAAAGUGUGGCAAUGGACUAGGCCACGAGUUUGUAAACGAUGGUCCAGAAGAGGGAAGGUCCCGUUUUUGAAUCUUCAGCCACUCGCUGAAGUUUGUCCCAAGGAGAGAUAAGGACAAGCAGUAAGGAGCGAGAAUAAGCAGCUAUCUCUGUGUUGGUCCAGUUAAAAGGUCUGGUCAGAGUGUGACGUGGACAGGGGAAAGGCCUGGAAGGACUCCCUGCCUGCUGAAGGAUCAUUGAUCGACCUGGAGGGCACAUCUACAAAGAUUCUUGUCAAAAAUACAAUCUCAGCAGGCAUUUCAGAUGUUUGGUAACCAUAGAAAAACAGAGCAGAAAGCAGCAACCUUUGAAUUCUGCCUGUUGAAGGUAAAAAUAUGAUCUAUGCACUGAAAUCAACAUUACUAUGUGAUCAUCUGUGGUUCCCUCAAGCUGGUAUGUAACUUACUGAUGGCACAUGAUGCUUCCUUUUGUUUAACAGUAAAUAAGAUGAAUUAAAGAACAAGGUUUUUAGUUGUCUGUCAUAAUUUGAAUGUGUGGUAAACUCUGACUUUUAGGUUUUUAGUUGAGUAUGUGCCGUUUUGAUAUGUUUAAUGACCAGACUUCAGUAUGUCAAAUAUUGUUCUGUGAAUGCACGCCUAGCUGGUUGUUUGAUAGAACAAUAAAUGAAAGUGUAAAUCAAGCUCAAAUAA